GCAGCGCCUUCAGAUCGACGACGUAUCGCAUUGUCCCUUCCGAGUUUCCGACACACGUUUUCCCGCGGAUUUCGUUGUUAAUGCGCGCGGUGACCGGGUUGACGAUGUGUGGUGUGUUAUUUAACGUGACGCUCGUUUAAAUGUGAAAAUUGCAUUUCUCUCAGUUCGUAUUCCCCUCGGCACGCCUCCGUCGUUGCGCGGCGACGUUUUUCCGCACAACCGGCCGAAUCGUCCCGGCGAAUUGUUCCUCGUUCUCGUUUAGGUUAUAACGCGCUAGACCGCACUGACAGAUUAGUCCGUAAUAACGUUUGAGGAAUGCUUUAAACGUCGUGAUACUUUAGAAACGACGAGAUCUGACAAAUAAAAAGUAUGGACGUUUCGAUGGAAGACAACGAUUGCAUAGUAGAAGUGACUACUCCGAAGAGAAAGAAAAUGAAACAAGCACAACUGCCAUUUCAAACGUUAAAUUCCUCCAAAUCGCCAAACAGUACAGACAAUGUGUCUAACAAGAAGAAGAGGAAGAUAAUAUCACCCUUGGUAGGCUCUAAGAGCUCCAAGGUGAUAAAACUUGCAGCGAAAGAGAACUUGAUCGAAGACAUACCUGAGAAGGAAGAAGAAAAAGAAGAUGCAAGCGAGAUGAUGCUCAACAGUAGCAAUGAUAGCGUCGAAAUAAUAACACCGAAUGACGAGAAGAAAGACCUGGAGAGUGAUCAGCAAAAGACUAGGAAAGACGAUAGUACGCCAAGAAGGAAGGGUCUAGGAAAAAAUAAGAAACUGGAUGGACCUCAGCAGAAACCCGGUGCCUUAACUAAGUUCCUCAAAAGAACAGACAUGGAGGUUAAUGAAAGCGAUAUUAGUAAUGACAAUAAUUUGUCUGAAUUAAAAGAUAAAAAGGACUGUCAAGAUACAUCUGUACAUAAGGAAAAGAAUGAAGACAGUUUGAAUGAAAGCGCGGGCGCACAAUUUACUUCAUCUGAAUUACAAAAUACAUCUCAAAAUAUGUCACUGAGUGAAACGGAUGUUUGUGUUGCUAACAAGGAUGCCGAUUCUUCGCUUCGGGAAUCAGACUGUGAUAUUACCAUUUUAUCUUCGGAUAAUGAGGCUUCAAGCGAGUUGGACAAAUCAGUAUCGAGUAGAGAUAAAGAAACACCUGGCAACCCUACAACUCCUGUUACUCCAAAAAGCGACAGAGAUUCCCAGAAUAAAAUUAAAAAAUUAACACCGAAACAAUUGGAAAAGAGAAAGGAAAUUGCCAGAAGAAAGGAAGAGAAGCAAAGAUUAAGAAUGGAGAAAGAAAAAAAGCGGGAGGAAGAGAAAGCAAAUCGACGAAGGGAGAGAGAAGAGAAGCAGAGGGAAAAAGAAGAAAAAGAGAGAAUGGAAAGAGAGCAAAAAAAGAAGGAAAAAGAAUUAAAGGAACUUAAGAAACAAAUGGAAAUUGAACAAAAACAAAAAGAAAAGGAAGCCAGAGAAGAAGAACGGAAAAAGCGAGAAGAAGAGAAAAGAAGGAAAGAGGAGGAACGACUGGAAGCCGAGCGCAAGAAGCAGAAAGCUGCUUCGAAUUUUGCGAGCUUUUUCGUUUCUAAAAAGCAGGAGGUCAAAUCGGCGGACGAAGAGAGUGUCGUUGAAGUGAGCAAUUUUAUGCCUUUCGAAAUAAAGGCCGACAUGAAAAUCGCGCCGAUUUGCCGAAGAAAAUUGAGCGAACACGAUAAAUUAUUGUUCGAUAACAAGUACAACGUAGAUUUAGAUAAAACCGAAUUGUAUCUCGAGGAUAUUAAAAAAGGAAGAAUCGUACCACGUACUUCCUCCAAAACGUGGCCGCUUGAAACAAAGGACGACGAUGAUAUCAUCCUGCUAGACGAAGACAACAGUGGCAGUUCCAACAUAAUAACGGAUACACAUAACUUUGAGAAGCACCGACCGAAGUUACUGCAGUUCGACGAAAAUCGCCGUCCUCCGUAUUGGGGCACGUGGCGGAAACGAAGUAGCGUUCUAAAUUCCCGGCGACCGUUUACGAAAGACAAGAAAUGGUUCGAUUAUGAAAUUGAUUCCGAUGAUGAAUGGGAGGAGGAAGAACCCGGCGAAUCUCUCAAAGGAUCGGACGACGAGAAAGACGAGGAAAAUUCGGAAGAAAACGAAUACGAUGUCGAUAAUGAGUUUAUGGUUCCUCACGGUUAUUUGUCCGACGAAGAAGCGCAGGCUGAUGAAGAGGAAAUGGAGGAUAUGUCGCCGCAAACACAAAAGAUGAAAUUGAAGAUAUUGGGAGAGCAAUUCGAAGCCGAAAGAAACACGAAGACGCAUAAACUUAAGCCAAAAAUAAUCGGAUGCAUCUGGCAAGGACCCGGCAAUUCAUUUCCGGAAUAUAUUCCAUCGAAAGUCAAAGAGUUAUUGUUGGCACGUCAAGCUUGGGUCAACAAUCUACCGAUAAUACUUCCGUCGUCACCGGAAGAGGAUCCCUCGGCUAACGCUGAAUGCAAGACGCCUGUCCAUCAACAGUCCGUGAGAGGAGCAAAGAAGACUAAAUUUUCCGACGAAGCUUUGCCCGAUCUGAUUCGAUUGGUGCACGGGAACCGACACGGCAGGCACGUUCUUAUGAGAGAGUUCAUGACGUUCUGGAGUAAAAAGGGCGGGAGUCACUUGACGAAGGUUAGCAUAUUGUCGAAGAUCAAUGAAAUCGCUGAUAGGAUAGCAUGUCCUGAAGAAGGACCGAUGCAUCUUAAAUCCUGCUGGUACGUCCCGGAGGACAUUCGGAAGCAGUAUCUUCCCGACGUCGAGCUAUCGCUGCCGAAUCGUUGGGAGUAUAUUUUGAUAACAAACGAGACUCGAAAUCGAAAAAGCGAUCCUCAAAACGUUACAGUCGAUAAGACUGAAAAAGAGGAAAAAGAUAAGGAAAAGGAGAAGAAACACGUACCGCUUAUUACGCAAUUCACUAAAAAAAUCACGCAGGAGGAGAUGAAGAAACAGUUGGUGAAAUCGAACGAGGAGGAGACGAAGAAACAAUCGGCGGUAAAACCCGACCAAGACGAGAUCAAGCAGCAGUCGACAUCGAAAUCCGACCAAAUUUCCGUCCUACCGAAACUACCCCCGCUACAAAGACCUCCUAAACGGGCGACUUUAAUCUCCGUAGGUAGGGGAGAACAAUUUCCGGAAAGAUCUCGACAGAAUAUGUUAGCCAAAUUCGUCGGUCUUAAUAAGAAGAAAGAGAAACCGUUGAGUAGCGAAAAGACGGUCGAUUCGGACGAGGUCACAGAAAAUGCAGGUCGUGGAAAAUAAUGAUACAAAUAAGACAAAUUGAAAGUUGGAAUUGGGCGAUGAGUAAAACUUUUGCGAUAAUAAAGGAGAAAGAAAUUUCGAGAUCGAUAUAAUAAUCGUCAAUAACCGUCGUAUAGAAAGAAUAAACGAUCGAAAACCAUUUGGAAAAUAAAGUAGCAAUGGCAAAGAAUGAUAGAUAAAUAUAUGGUCGCAAGAGCAAAGGUGAUUACAAUAUAUAACAUAUAAUAACAAUCCAAUGAAGAAUAAUGCAGAACAUAAAAAAAGAAGAAUGCACUAUUUUUCCAUUUGUGCGUAAACGUACUCCAUUUAUUGUUCUGUUUAGCAAAGCAUCUAUUUUAAUCGAUUGUCGAUGUAUUAAUGAUAUACAAUGUAGGAAUUAAUAUUUCUUUUUAUGUAUAAAGCUUUAACGAAUAGUUUUUAUUAUUAUUAUGUUUCGAACAUCACGUAAUUUUUUUUUGUAAAAUGAAAUAUGUUGAUGGUAUAAAAACACAGAGACAUCGUAAUAUUUUGAAAUAACGAUUUUAGAUCAUAUUUUAGGAACUUUAAAUAUUAUAUACUAUAGAUAUAUAAGAUUUUACCCACGUGACUAUCCAAUUAAUUAAGUGAACUGCUUUCCAAUGAUGAAAAUUUAAUUCCUUUAGAAAUAGUCAUCGAAUAAUCGUUCAUAAGUUCGAAAAUUGUCAAAACGUAAUCACUAGCUAGCGUUAUGAAGGUAAGAACCAAUUCCGCUAUUUCUCUUUAUUAAGUUUUAUGCACUAUCGUUUUAUCGAGAUCGCUUUGCUCGCAAAAAUCAUAGUCUUUUAAACAAAUCGUGCGAUAAACCAAGAUAACUGCCAAGAUAACUGCCAAGACAACUGCCAAGAUAACUGCCAAGACAACUGCCAAGAUAACUGCCAAGACAGAUUUAACAGUUAUUUGUCUCAUGUACAUCGUAAGUGCCUUUAUUCAAUUUAAUAUAAAGUCUAUUCUUGUAAUUAGCCAUGUUAUAAAAACAAAAGUGAGAAAUUCUAGGAUUUGGAACUGCUGAAAAGCAAUCUAUUUUCUUUUUAAUGUAAGGCUAUAGUCGAUAACAUGUAACUAUUUUAGAUCAAAUUCUAUUUGUUUAAAGUUUCAAGAAGUUUGUAAGUUUUUUCGAAAAUGACGCGACUAGGGUAUUCGUUUGAAUCCAAUUAAACUAGUAUUGAAAUAUUCGUAAUAUUCUAUUUUAUCUGAUUGAAAAUUGCAAUUCAGUCAAAAACCGCGAAAGUUUCCCGAUUAAUAAAUUCAGAUGCCUUAUACUUUGUAUGAUUAUAGAUUGGAAAUGAUGUCAAGAUAACGCAUGUUUCAUGCGCCAAUCUUAUUUUUUUAUAAGAGCUUUGUUGCGUCAGUUAACGUUUGCUAAAUAAAAUAUAUUUUAUAUCAAUCAAAAAA